AUGAAAUCAAUCAAUUUUAUAAAUUCACCGCUGUUACCUAUAAUCUUCGCUCAAUCGGAAUACUUGCCACAUGGACAAUGUAAAGAAGAUGUGCUACGAUUUUUAAACGAAUUACAACGUGGUACACUAUGGGCUGCGCAAAUGUAUGACGCUUCAUCAAAGUAUCCGAGUGGCAUAUUGUACGGUCAUACAAGACAUUUGGGUAACUUUGACGAAUGUUACAAUUUGCAAGUUGACAGAAAAAGAAAAGAUACAUUGGCCGGCAAAAUCACUGGGAAAUACUGUUUAGUCGAUCUUCUGUAUGAAAAAAAACAUACAUUAAUGAAUUCCAAGAAAUCAGUCAUGUUCGACUUUGAUCCGAACGAAUCUGUUUGGGAAGCGAUAAAGGAAAAAGGAAACUUUCUUCGUAUUCGUCGAUAUCACUUACAAUUAGCUCUGUGUGUACCAUCCAGCUGCAAGGCGAAAGACGUAGAAAUGGCUUUAAAAACAUCUCAACAAAUCAAUACAUAUAACUAUAUUAAAAUUCACAUCGCUGUCCAAUCAAGAUUUUGUCAAACGAUUGAAGAAGGGCCAAGAUUUACUGCUGCUGCAAAAAUAUACUGCACCAUACUAUUGGGUUGGCUGAGUUUUAUAAUCGGCAGUACUUGGUAUGAUGUUAAAGUGAUUAACGAGAAAGAGCAUAUAUCAACAUUCCAAAAUGUGAUACUUCAUUUCUCAGUUCGAAGAAAUUUGAAGAGUAUUUUUCAGAUAGAUAACUCGCAUCCGGAAUUAAAGAGCUUGUACAUUGUACGAUUCGCCUCAUCGAUAUUAACUCCACUCUACGCUAUAAUUCUGUUCUUUUUCGUUUGGAUCUUUCCGCUUCUUGAUUCGGGACCUUUUUGGAAACGAGAAGUUGAAGAAGAAGCUGCAAAAUGUGCCGCUAAUUGGUGGGCAAAUCUGUUAUACAUCCAUAAUUAUGUAAAACCAUUAGAAUUGUGUAUGUACCAUACAUGGCAUUUGUCUGUCGAUUUUCAAUUGUUCAUUUUGAGUCACUUUGUGAUCUACAUGUUUUGGCGUAUGCCACGCAAAAUUGGAUAUCUUUUUCUCGGAACGCUCACAAUCGUCGGCAGUAUUAUACCAUUUAUUGCAACAUACUUGUAUAAUGUAUCGCCAAUCUUUCGUGUCACACCAGUGAUCCAUAAUGUACAAGAAGUAUCGUAUUUUAAGACGUAUUACAUAAAAACGCAUUUUCGCUUUUCUGCAUAUCUUAUUGGGAUAAUCACAGGUGCAAUACUUUACGACCAUAAACAAAUAAAAUGGCAAGUGCCGAAGGGUUGGGAAAUUGUUCCAGAUGCCAUUUAUGCUUUUGCAAUUUCGUUAGUCCUUACAGUAUGCGUCGAAGAACCAUUCAGAAAAUUAGCAAAACAAAUCUUCCCAAAUUAA